CCUGCUUGCCUGCGCCUGCGCCUCGAAGGACCGUCUUGCCUGCCGCUUCUUCUGCCCCUCCUUUCGUACGCUAUUUUAAUGGAAUAAAGCCCGGUGGCGACGUCAGUCUCAGUUGUUCGCGCGGCAGCCUUAGCCCCAAGUCGCGAGCUUGCAGAACCUCACCAUGGCCAACCCCGCAGCAGACCCCAAGGCAGCGCCGCUUGCCGACGAACUCAAAGAGCUUGCUCUAUCGCUUCCCACGACCGCCUUUCCCAAGAACUUCUUCUGCGCUCUCUGCAACCAGCUGGCCUUCGACUCGUACAAGCUAAUCUGCUGCGCCAAAUCAGUCUGCUCAUCAUGUCAAGCAAACCUCCAGUUCCCCACCACAUGCCCGUCGUGUGACCACUCGCCGCUCGAGGCACAUUCGUGCAUCGUGAACAAGUCGCUCCGCAACACGAUGCGCGUAUGGCUGCAAAAACAGAAGAAGAAGGAAGAGAACAAGGCUGCGACAAAGCCAGCUACCCCGCCUGUCGAGGUGACACCAGCCGCGCCAGAAGUGCAGCCGGUGGGCGAGGGCGCAGAGAAGCCUGUAGACAGCGUUGAGGAACCGUCCAAGGCGGAGAACGGCGUUGCUGAAGAAGUCGCUGGUUCUGCGGAGAACGCGGAAGAAAGUGGACAGCGCGCCGGCUCUGCCUCGGCCCAACCGAACGAGGACGGCACCUCUCAAGAGACUGGAGCAGAGCGACGCGGGAGCACCGCCUCUCAGAAUGUCUCGAAAAGCACCGACCCUGCAGCAGCAGAGAGCUCCACUGAGGAACAGAACAGCAUGAAUGGGGCCAAUGGCAUGACAGGCCCCAACCCCAUGAUGAACAGCAUGCAGGGCCAAAUGGGCUUUGGCUUUCCCGCUCAAGGUGGCUUUAACAACGGCAUGGGCUGGAGUGGCAUGCCCAACAUGAUGGCCAACGGCAGCUGGAACGGCAUGGCUCCUAUGGACUUUAAUAACAUGAACGGCAUGGCGAACGGCAUGUACGGCAACUUUGGGGGAAACAUGGGCAUGGGCAUGAACGACAUGUCUGCCAUGAACAUGAUGCAGUAUGGGGGCGGUUUUGGCAAUGGUUGGAAUGGCAUGGGAGGGGGCUAUGGAAACUUCAGCGGGCCCAAUCAGAUGGGUGGCUAUAAUCAAUCUGGAGCAUAUCCCGAGAUGAUGAACCAGUUCCCCAAGAAUAAUUUCCCAAACCAGAACCAGAAUCGUUUCCAUGCCAAUCAAGGGGGAGCACAUCCCCAGCGAAACAACAGGAAUGGCAGCCAGGGUGGCUUUGGUUCUAGUUUUCAGGGCGCGAAUACCCGUCCGGGCAGUCAAAACCGUGACGGCCAGUCGCCUGACGGAAACGCCGCCUCUGCUCCUGAGGCCAAGGCCGAAGGCGAGCAAGACAAGGCAUCCGCAGAGUCCACUGAAGAAGGUAAGGAGAGCGGCGACGCCAGUGCGGCCUCGAAUGAAGCGCAAAAGAACGAAGCCAGCGCUGGUCUUGAUGCAAGUCAGGCUGCUGGCAAUGACACUAAUGACACAGGGGACGGUCCUAAAGAAGCAGCACAGGAUGGCGGGCUGAAGCCGAUUCAGACUGUCGAUACGGGCAGUGCAGAUAUGCAGGAUUAUGAACAGUCAAUGAUGGGUAAUGGCAUGCACGCCGGCAUGCCAUAUGUGCCGGGGAUGAUGAAUCAGUUCCCGGCUCAGCACAUGAAUGCGCCCUUCAACCCGAGCAUGAACAUGAACAUGAACAUGGGAUACAAUGGAAACUACGGUCCUCGUGGCGGAUUCAACAAUGGCGCGUAUGGCGCUGCGACGGUUCUGACUGGCCAACCUCCGGAGCCCAUGGGUGUCGGAGUCAAGGGUGCGCCCACCGGACCACGCGCGAUGCGAGAAGGCCGGCCCAACACUGGAUUCUCAAGCCGUGUCACCAGCGCCCGGUAUGCUCCACCACCUCCUCCGCCUAAGAGCGUUGCAUCCGCCCAAGAAGCUGCUCCCAGCAGCCCGCAGCGAAGGGUUCGAUCAAAAUCUCCCCAACGAGAUGAUAGUAUGCGCGUGAAGGAGCGGUCGCCCACUCGCUCUCGAUCCAGGUCGCGAGCGAAAGAGGAAGACAGGGAAGAGCAUCGUGAGCGAUCGCGUUCCGCAGACCGUCACUCUAAACGUGAUGACCGUGGUCGAUCAGUCACGCCAUUAGAUGAGGAUUACGACAGCCGCAAAGAGCGCAAACACCACCGCUCAUCCCGUUACGACGACCGUGAGCAGGAGUAUGAUGACCGGCACCGCGACGAGAAGAGCAGCCGCGGUGACCGGACACGGACCGCUUCAGCAGACUCAAGGUACCGCAGCAGUCGCCGUGACAAGGACAAGCAUCGCUCGUCGCGCUCGCACCGUGACAGAAGCAGAGAUCAUAGACGCCGCCACCGCUCCCGAUCGCCCCGUCCUGAUGACAAGUACGAUGACGAGGACGCCUACGUCAAUGGCGAGAAGGACUCCGAUGGUAGCUCUCGACGCAGGCAUAGAAGCCGCGACAAGGAUCGGCAUCGUGAUCGAUCGCGCGACCGAUCACGUGAUAAGGAGCGUGAGCGAGACCGCAAGGACCGCAAAGAGCGAGAGCGAGACCAUGACUACGAUCGCGAGAAGGACCGUUCACGAGACAAAGACAAGGAGCGCAGGCGUCGCCGCGACCGCGAAGCUGAAGAAGAAGAGCGCGAAUACGAUGAUGACAAGUACCGCUCCUCUCGCCGGAGCCGCAAAGACCGAGACCGUGAGCGUCGCGACUACGACGACCGUGACCGAAAAGAAAAGCCGCCUGCUCAAGAGAAAGAAGAAGACGUUGUUGGCCAGAUGAUGAAGAAGCGUGCUGUUUCGCCCCCUUUGAAUGCACCUACGGGCCCAUCAGCAAAUGGCUUCAGCAUCAAGGGUCGUUCGAAGAAUGCCAUGGCACCGCCUGCACAGCCUCCUACCGGCCCUCGGGCAUUCCAACCCCCGAAAGGCCCAGCUGCUGACCGAAACAAGGACCGCACCAGCGAGGCUCGAGACCACCGUAGAAAGAGCAGCGUCAGCUCUCUUUCCACGCCGCCGACUGGCCCUGCAGCCAAGGAAAAGGACACACAGGACCACUACGCUGCUGAGAGGGAGCGCAACGCCCGCGAGCGCGACAGCCGUGAACGCGUCGAGAAGCCAUCUGCCAAGUCCCUGCACGCACGCAUCUCUUCCUCAUCCUCAUCCUCACGCCCCGCCCUCUCCACCAAGCGCUCCCGCGACGACCUCGACGACGAGCCCGCCGUCCCCAAAGGCCCAAAGGCCGACGUCAAGCCCCCGACCGGACCUGCAUCACAUCGUGACAAGCGCCGCAAGAGCGGCACCACGGGCGACGACAACAUUGCGAACCUGUUCACGGCAGGCCUGAGGAAAAACGCAAAAGCAAGGCGUGGCGGCGUCAGAACAGAGGGCGACGUGGAACGAGAAAUGAUGGAGCGUGAGAAAGAGAGACGGUAGGAAGAGCAAACAAAGGUUCUCUGCUCGAAGAACAUUUCUUAACGCACUUACUUAUUUAAAAUCAAGGCAGAGAGUGAAAGAAACAGAGAGAGAGAGAGAAGAUAAAAUAACUACUUAGGCAAUCCCCCCCCUGCGCACGCGCGUGCAGUGCGAACAUGGUGUCUUUCCGUCUUUUUUUCUCUCUCUCUCAGGGGGCUGACUGGAUGGGCGUGUGUGUAUGUGUAUGAGUGAGUAAGUGUGUGAGUGGGCAUUUUGCACACAGGGUGUACCCUGUGAGCCAUGCGCGGGAACAACGGGAACUUUGUUCUUUUUCUGAGAUGAUUUUCUUUUUUCUUUCUCUCACUCUCACUUGCUGACCUGUGUUUUUUUGUUUUGUAUUAUACCCUUCAUUGCUAGGAAUGGGGCUUUGAGAUGAGAGUAUGUAUGCUGUAAUGAGACCUAGGGGACACCACUAUAUGUAUCAAUAAGAACC